AUGGCAGAAACAAUCGUUUCCAUUACCGAAACUACAUUUUCUAGUCGUGUCUUUACACAUGAUUAUCCAAAAAGUUUGAAAAUUGAAGCACAUUAUCAAUCAAAUGGACAAUUAUUUAUUUCAUAUUACAAUAUUAUUUCUCUGGGAACCUAUCCUUCUACACCAAAGUUGACACAAAAAUCUAAAAACAAUGCAAUUCAAUAUCCAAUACCUGAUAAUUAUAUAGUUGAAACAGAGAUAUUUGAAAGAAGUCUUAAUUGCAAAACUAAAUAUAUUUCAAAUUCAAAGCUAAACUAUAAUUAA